GAGAGAGAGAGAGAGAGACGGCGUUGUAGGUGCAGCGAAGCGCGACGCAAUCGCGUCCGAAGCGAGGCUGACGUUUGUGACGCGCAUGCGCGCUCCGCGUCGAGGCAAACGGACCGCUGGGGAGGCCGCGGAGGGGCAGGCAGCGGGGCCGAGCGCUUGUGCAUAAUAAGCCCAGGCCCGACGGGCCGCCGCCGCCGCCAUUAUGCUGUGGUUCCCUGGCACCAUCCCGGCCGCCAUUGCCGCCGCCAAACAGCGCAGCGCCGUCUUCGUGGUGUUUGUGAGAGGUACGGGCCCACCCCCGUGUUUCCGUAACGUGAGGAUGGGCGGGGGCGGGGGAGGUUUCGGCUGCCUCCGUGCCUCUCUUCUCAGGCUUCUUUCCCUCCCCUCCCCGCCCAGCCUCAGGCGAGCUCCCUCCGCCUAUGAAAAGGCCUCUUGAACGUACGGAGGGGCUUCAUCCCACCCUCCGCGGGGCCUUUGGGUCCGACGCCUCGCCCUCGCGACUGCCCAGCAAAUUUGGGAAGAGGAGAGGGGCUUUUGCUUAGAAGCACCCGAGCUCGCCCGUUCAGCCGGUUUCCCCCUUUAAUGAAAUAAAAGAAAAAAAGGGGGGAGGUGUCUUCUUGAAAGAUUGGGGGGUAGAGGGGAAGAGGGGAAACCCAGCCAGAUGGGCUGGGUAUAAAUAAAAAAUUGUUGUUGUUAAGAGGAGCGCCCGCGUUUCUCUGGAAAUACCUACGUGAGCGCACUCGUGUGCAAAUAACUCAGUCGACAGAGCGUGAAGACUCAUAAUCCCAGGAUUUUUGGUUUUGAGCCCCACGUUGGGCCAAAAGAUUCCUGCAUUGCGGGGGGUUGGACUAGAUGACCCCUGUGGUCUCUUCUGACCUUACAAAUUCUCUGUUACGGGUGUCCUGGUGCGUGGAAGGGGACUGGCGAUUCAGUGGAAACAUCCCCGUGUCCUGUAAUCACAGUUGGCUCCCUUCCUUCCAGUGCUUGUUACAGAACAGGCCUCCCUAGCUCAGUGCUUGUAAAAAAAGCCAUGGCUAUAUGCUUCCUUCAGUAAGGUCUUGUGCUUCCUUCUCUCUCUCCCCCCCCCCCCCCACUUUAUUUCUUGUACGCCCAGCCUAAUGCUUCUUGCUUGUUCUUAUUCCAGUGUAUCCAUAGCAGCCAUAUGUGUGCCUUGGAGCUUGGCACUGAUUUGGUGCUCUCUCCUGUCUUGUGACCUAUAUGGGGGCAGUGCUUGCUGUGUCAUGCUGAGCAGGAAAUAAAAUGCCUUCAUUGCGUAGGAUAAGAAGGAAUUUUUAAUGUGCAUUCCUUCAUGGAACUCAAGGCAGCGUAUAUGUAUGAAAGGACUGACCGAAUCGAAACAUGCUUAGCUUCAGCAAGCUGGCUGCAUCAUGCGUUUUUACACCCUGGAAAGGGGUAUCUGUAGCACUUCCUAUGUUGUUGGAAGUUGGUGUGAUGGGAGUUGUAGCCUGACAGCAUCUGGAGGGCCACAAUUUCACCAUUGUGCUUUACGACUUACGCUAGUUCCAUGUAUCCUGCAUAUAGUUUCUGGGAGGACUUGUUGGUUUAAAGUUUAUCCAUGUUUGAAUAUGUUGGGUUCAGGUCAUCACAUUUUGGUUUGGUACUGUAGCACUAGAAGUUCCUGUGGGAAAGUCACAUAACAUUUCUUCCAGGACACCACCUUUAAAAGGCCUGUCUCCAAUGUACCGUAUAUAGGCUAUGGGAAUUAGAGGUGCUGCACCAGUGCAUCAAACGCUGGAGAUUAUUGUCACUCUAUACUUUCAUUAAACUGGUUUUCUGUAAGAUCUGGUAUGACUUCUUCCCCACAAUGUAAUUUGUUACGAUUCUUCAACUGGAGACCUGUCUUCAGGAAGAUAGUAAAGGACAAUAAUGGGCUGUCAUUCCCACAAUUACCUCACAUUUUCUCAAAAAUGACCCGUAAUACCUUUGAUACUGUCAUUGCCAUGUCCCUAUUGCCACUUUUUUCUAAAGACUCAGGGCAAAUUAUAAAGGGUAACUUUUUGCCUGUGCCAUGCAAACUUCCACUUACGUUCCUGCUGUCACCUUUUUUGGAAUUGCCACAAAUACUUUUAUGUAUCUAAUUUCUCUUGUUACCUCUCUUUCCUCCCAUCCUUCCUAAAUAUAUGUGUAGUCUUAAAUUCUGAAAGUACUUUUACCAUAACUGGAAAAAUCUGGCAUCUGAUCAUGUAAAUGCCUCAGAAUGUGCCUAAUUUGUUCUGCCUUUCAGCUGUAUGCUAUGAAUUCUGGAUGCAGUUCUGUUUUCUUAAUAUUCCCACAUGAAUAGUAAUAAUAUUUAACAUACAUAUGCUUACAGUAACUAGACUACAGAUAACUAUUAAGGCCUUGCAGAUUUAUUGCCAGAGUGCAUGAACUUUUAGAUUUCCCACUGAAAUAGAAGGGACAAGGAAGUGCUUCAAUGUAGAAUAGUCUAAAUAGAAUAGUCUAAACAGUGUGUCAAUCAUUUGGGAGAAUUCUGCUAGUUAAGUAACACUAGAGAGCUUAUAUACAGAGUAGCCUCAGAUCUACUAACAAGCAUACAGGAAGCUAAGUUAGCUAAGAUAGGCUGUUAGGUGUUCACUUGUUACAUUUGUCCAUGCCAGGAUUUUUUUCCUCCAGUAUAUUUGACACUUCUGAUAAAAAAUUAAUUUUCUUCUAUUAUAGUGUGCAAAAUAUCUGCCUGCACAUGUCAUUGUUUUUCUAGAGUCCAAAAUAAUAGAUUGUUAAACUGUUUAGUGUACCAUAUACAGAUGUUAAAAUAGAAUGCACUAGAAUCUGCAGUCUGCGUUAUUUUUAUUUAUUGUAAGAGCACUAAGAGUUUUAUCCAACUAAAUUACUGGAUGCACAGAAUGAUUUCCACACCCUUCAUAUCAUCUCAAAAUCUGAUCUAGAGGAUUUGAGAAACCCUAGGGCAGAAAAGGGAGGCAGAGUUCCAUUGUGCUUGCGAAAGUUGUUCCAUGCUUACAGCUAUAUAGUUGGAUGCAACCCUAUAUCCUUUCCUCAUUUGCACUAUAGUAUGCAAUCAUUCCACUUGUGACACAGGAUUAGAAAGUAUUCUGGGUGCACCCUUAGAGAUAGGUGGUGGAAGUCACGUUCAUGUUGCACUAAAAAUUGAUACAGAGAUGGCCUGCAUUUCAUAGAAUGGUGGAGCUUCAGGAUAUGCACACAUAUUUUGAAAUCUCACUGUUUUAGUGUAUUUGAUGUAUCUUAAUUGACAAGGCAACAGGAAAGAAUGAAAUAUUUUUCUGCAUCUGUAAAACAAUUGUUGACAGCUCCUGGACAUUAUGCAGCAAAAAUUAUUACCAAUACAUUUCUAGUAAAUGGGUUUUCAGGAAUGUGGAAAUGUAUGGCAUCCAGUUUUGUUCUGAAUAGUGAUAGUAAUGGUAUGCAUGUUGUGGUUGGUAGACUGUGGUUGGUAGACUGCUCUACAGCUCUGGAAAAUUGUCCAUAACUGGAAAUGGUGACUGUUUGACUUACUGCCUAAAGUUGGCUUUUUUGGAUACACCAAAAAGCUGCUUAGAGAGAGGGUAGGAUAUAAAUAUAGUAAAUAAUUCAAAAGAAUUGAAGUCAUCCGUGUCAAUUUAAUGAUCUGAAGUAUUUCCAAAUUUUAACACAACACUGGAUAGGCUGAAACAGGCAUGUCCAUCAAGAGACUGUGAACUACUCCCAGUAUAAAAAAACUCACAGUGAUUGUCAUUGGAGGAGGAGCGUGCGUGGGGUGGGUGGGUUGCCCAGAGUUGUUAAGCUUUUUGUGGGAGGAUUGCACAGAGGUUUUUUUAGCUUUCCCCCCAUAACUUUUUGUACACGAUAAGGAUCCUGUGAUCUACCAGGAUCAGUCAGGGAUCUACCGGUAGGUCGCAAUCUACUGGUUGGACAUCGCUGGCCUAAAACAAUCAGCCCACCCAGCAUAGCCAGUGGUCAGGGAUGCUGUAGUCCAGCAAUAUUUUUGUGGCUGCAGUUUCCCUCAUCCCUGAGCUAAAAUACUGAAAUUUUGCAGCCAUCUUUGAAGUGAAAAUUACUAGAAUGAUCAGUCUUAAGCAAAAACAGUAUCAUCAAACUGAUGAAAACACAUGAACAGCUAGAAGAGUGCAGAACUGUUAGAAUUGAUCGUGGCACAAUGGAAUGAUUGCUUAAAAGCAUUGAAAUUUUGCAAAGUCAGUUAUAUAGCAUUUUGUAAAUUAACAGUACUCAGCUUGUGCAUGGUAUGUUUCUUGCAUGUCCGCUGCAUUUUACAUCACAUGAUGAAUAUCCUUGUGGGAAAUCAGCACACAUAAGCUCUUUAUUUUUCUUUCCAUGUUCUCUCUAGGGAAGUGAUUCUGGAGUACACAGAUUAUAGCUGUGCUAGCAAUUGGCUCAGCUCAGCUAUUUCCUAUGUGUGCCUGCCUCUGUCAAUACUGCAGAGUUGUUCUUAAGCAUAGUUUAAUUAUACAAGUUAACCUAUUGACAAGAUAAUUUGAAAAAAAUGUAACCUUCCCUUUCUCAGACUACUGUACUUUACUAAGUAUCAGUAUCUGCACAGAAAAUAUGGUGGACUUUUCUGUUGUAAAGCUCUUUAGGUAUUAAAUAGUGAUGAGAUACAGUAUGCUACUCAGAAGUCAAGUGGAUAGCAAGUGGGUUAACAACAGUAUUAAAUCAGAUCACAUACCUAUGAUCAUUUCCCUUCUGUUCUGUUCUAUGUAUUUGUAUUCAGCUUUGCACUCUUUCCUGAAAACUCUGGUCCUUGAGUUUGGAGAGCAUCUUGGGGAAACAUAAUGAGAAGUGUGUUCCUAUCAAAAGUAUGAAUAAGGGAUUCAGACACACUUUCUAUCAUAAGUUUUCAAAGUUUAAACCCUGCUGCUUCAACUACAGAAGUGAAAAGCAGCAGAUACCAUGGGAAGGGUCCACACUGCACCGACUCAUCAGUCCUCCUGGAAACUUGGGCUCUUCCUGCAUAUCCCCCACUUCUCAUGUAUGCUAAUGGCUAAGCAGUGCAGGAAAGAACCCCCACCAUGAAAAUAAAGGAAGAAGGGCCCUGAAGUGAAUAGAAGGUUUCCCUCAGAAAUUAUCAUUUUGUAACUGAUAGUAUCUUAAGUUAUAAAUAGAAGGGGAGAGCAAGAGUUAAGUAAUGUUUCACCCAGAUUCUGGUGCUGCUUCAAACAUUCACAUUACUGUAAAGUUGUUGGCAUCCCUCUGUCUCGGGAGACAAUGGAGUGCGUCUCCAGGGGUAAAGUCAAACUGCUAUGUUAGCAGCACCAAAGUGAUCUCCCCAGUACACAAGCCUGGGAGUGUGUAUGGGGGACCUGGGCUGCCCAGAUGACAAUACCUUGGCCUUGCUGAUGUGAUCUAAAGGAAAGAAGAGCAAUGCGUUUGGCACCAGUUCUGCUGCAGGAGUUGCUGGAAGGAGGCGUACAAAAUGCCAUUCAACCGCCUUAGGGAAUCCACUCCAGAUUUGUGUAAAAAUAUAAAAACACAAAUUCAGGGAAUUCAAACAAACAAAAAUAGGGUCUAAUCUUAUGGGCCAGGGAAAGCUCAGGCUGAAAGCUAAUAUAUAUGUGUGUGUGUAUCUGAAGUACAGGAGUAAUCUCAUGCAUAGAUCAUAUUGCUGGAAGUAGGAGGAACUGCUAUGUAUAACAUUGGUAGCUUGAACUUUUAGGAUAUAGUCUGGCUGACGCAUUAGGAUCUCAGACAGAGAGAAACAUUGCAUCAGUAACAAAUGGAUUUAGAUUUAAGAUAGUGGGUGAAUGAAGGUAUAGAAGACUCUUCCAGACCACUUAACUUAUAUUUGAUUACUUCACUUAUGAAGAGCUGCUAAUCGUUCCCUUGCUCCUUUAAACUGGCAAUAAUUAUUCUCUUUCAAAUUCUGCCCUCUUUCAGUUGCUGAAAUUGUGAAUUAUCAUAGAUGAAAAUAUAAAUGAACACUUCAUGCCUAAUUUCAUUAGGGGGAACAUUGCAGAUUGUCAGCAGUCUUUCUAUAUGGGUUGUUAUAGCUCUGUUCUGUUAAAAAUUAUUACUUUGCUUUUACAAUAAUUGCACAUGAAUAUGUAUGCUUUUAUAUUGCUAUAUGAAUAAGUGUUUCAAAGGCAGAAAUUAUCCAUUAAAUUGCUUCUAAAAUGUUACAGUUUUCUAGCUGGUGCAUUGUUUGGCCACUUUGUUGUCCUUUAAAAAUCAUAGGAUUGACAGAUUAUAAAAUAAAUACUAGCUAUUAGCCUUUUAGAGAGUGGUGAAAGAUUUAUUUGCUGGAACAUAAUGAGUUAGCAGUUGCAAACAGAAUAGUUAUAAUUUUUUCAUAUGUAAAUUAAUAAAAUAACAAAUACAAGUUGAUCUAUUGCAGCUCCUGAUGUAAUUAUCAGUCAUAUUUCUAACACAAUCUUUUGAUCACGUGAUCCGAAAAUGUUUUAAAUGAACACCAAACUGUGAGAGACCCUUGUUUUGUGGAGCACUGCAUGUUGAUGUUGCACCCCCUUUACAUAAUUAUAUGUCACUUGUCUUUCUCGUUUGGGUCAUCUGGAGCUGCUGGUUUUGCAUAUCUUGCACCUGCUGUCUGUUUGUGACACUUUUGGGUCUAGAGUCUUUUUUUAAAGUUGAGCCGUUGGCACCUGGUAAGUGGGUUAUACUAUCUUUGGGUCUAUCCCAACUCUGUAGUUGUGUGAUCAUCCUUGCCCUAAAGUUAUAAACAUUGCAUUUCUAGUAUGCUGUAAUCUGUAAUUAAUCUAUAUUUACAUCUGUGAAGAAGACUUCUUGUUUUUCGCAGGGGAUGAUGAACAGUCCAUAGAGAUGGCUGCCAGCUGGGAGAAUGAGAAAGUGACUGAGGCAGCAACAGAUGGCUUUGUAGCUAUUAAAAUAGAUACCCAAAGGUUUGGCAACUUCUUUUACUGUUGUUUUUGUUGUUAGUAGUAAUUUACUUUUAAAGAGACCUCUGUAUAAUCAAUAUGUAGUUACUUUGGAAGGGAAUUCAAUUGGUAUGUGUGUGGAAUAUUGUUAUCCAACUAGACACUAAGUGUAUAUUUUACUGAAUAGUUUACUUUAUUCUCGUUAUAUUUGUGCUACUCCAUUCUCCAUUAAAAUUAGAUCCAACUGAUACUUUUCACUUUGAAAAUUAAAAGCCAUAAUACUUUCAGGAGGACUUUAAAGUCUGGAGGAGACAAACCAUGAACCCAUGUUCAGAUGACACCUAAGCCAAACCAUGGCUUAACUCAGGCAUAGGCAAACUCGGCCCUCCAGAUGUUUUGGGACUACAACUCCCAUCAUCCCUAGCUAACAGGACCAGUGGUCAGGGAUGAUGGGAAUUGUAGUCUCAAAACAUCUGGAGGGCCGAGUUUGCCUAUGCCUGGCUUAACUCACAGGACUGGAGAAGGAAUAAAGCAGCCAUGAUCUCCUUUCCUGGAGCCCAUAAUUUGUGCUAACCCAUGGUUUAGCAUAACAUUACAUAUGAACUGAGCCACUGUAUAAUCUGCAUACUGUUUUAUGUAAGUUAAUUUCAGUGUAGUGUUUCAGAGAAAUAAAAAAUAAUUUGUUGUGAUCCUGCAAGACUUUUAAACAGUUAGAUAUACAAUAACAAUGUAACUGAUUAUUUUAUGACAUUUCGUAUUAGUGUGAUUGUCUAAACUUGAUACUUUUUUCUACACAGUGAAGCCUGCCUGCAGUUCUCCCAAAUCUGUAUCCUUGAACAAAAUAUAAUAAAUUGAAUCAUUUCAGACUCAGAUGUUCAUUUAUGGGCUUUGUUAUUGUAUGGUGCAAACUACAGGAUCUCCUCCCUCAGGAGAUUCUGUCUGUUCUCCUUUACUGCUCCAUAUGCUUGGAACUUCCUUCUAGAAUACCUGUGUGAUGCCACCUUUCUUACUCCAUCUAAACGCAUCUUCAAACCCACCUUUUCCUGAAGCCUUUGGCAGAGUUUCCUGGUUACUAUAACUGACUACUAAGCCUAAGUAUGUGAAAGUGAAACACCCCUUGUAUUUCUCGCCUCCACUUCCUAAUAUUGUAAAUAAUAAUAAUAGGUAAUAAUUUUGUAUUACUGUUCUCAACAGAGAGGCAUCAAAACCAUAGUCAUUUCUGGCUCUCCUCACUGGGGGUUUAUCUCUGGUUUUUCAUCCUGUGCUUUUCUUAAUUGUUUAUAUAGUGAUAUGGUAUAUACUGAAAAACCGGGACUUUGAGGGUGCUGUUCCAUGAAGAAAACAGCUUGCAUGAAACAGCACCAUGAUUGGGAUGGUUGUUCUACUUGUAACCAUCUUGGCUAAGGUUUAUUGAAUAACUAUCUGUCAUGAGCACCAUUUCAGAAAAACAGUGUGACCAAACUGAAGAUAGAUCUUCAAUUUUUUUUUACAACAAGUUGAUUUGCAGUAAAUUUAGGAGCAAUGAAAAACAAAUAAAACCCACCAUGCUAUUGACUUUUGAGCUUCACUACCAAAACAUGUUGUGUGUGGAAUGUUAGUUGAUGCCAAAACGAUUAGACUAAGACAUGUAGAAUAGCAUCUACUACCUUGGUGUACAGAGGCAAUUUACUUCUGAGUACCAAUGACAGAGACAAAUCAUGGGAAAAGCUGUUUUCUUCAUGGUCCUGCUUAUGAGUUUGCCAGAGGGAUUUGACUGGCUGCUGUUAGGAAAACUAAGCUGGGCUAAAUGAAUCUUUGCUGAUCCAUCAGGGUAGGACCAAAGCAAUAUUUGACCAUGAACUACUGCCCAUGUGAUUUAAUUGAAUCUCAAGAUGUGGCUCACAGAGGAUGCCACUUAAAAACAAAAGAGGUGUAUGCUUUGAGGUUAGAAGUGAUCCUUCUAACUUGUGUUCAGUUUUCAUUCAAAAUAUUUUUGUGCAAACUAUCUCCAUGAUAAUCUGACACAUUUCUUUAGAGCUGGGAGAAGAGGGGUGAGGCAGCAGAAAAGUGAUGGGCUUGGUAUCACUUAAAUUUUCCAUGGGGAAUUCAGAUAUUUCUGUACUGGUAGCAUCAGUUUGCUAUAGGUGGCAUCCAGUUGGUGUCCCAUCAUUGAUAAAAGGUGCUGUCAGCAGAUCAAGAAGGCAGACACUUUUAAGCUACUCCUCUUUCUUCUCUAGCCCUACACACCCCUAAUCGGCUUCAGAAGGCCCCUAUAUUUGGAAAGAAGGGGAAACUGUCAAAAAUUGUCUCCCCCAUUUCACUGAGGGGCACUAGUUCAAUAUAUGCUUUGCUCAGCUGUUUGCAAUAACUUAUAAUCAUUUGCAUUUAUGUUUCUUUUCCAAUUUACUUUUGCCUUCCUUACAAUUGAGAUGUUGUCCUUUACUAUUGCUGCAUAGAUCCUGUAGUGUGUGUUCCAUCCAGUUUCUUUAUAGGAGACAAUGGAGUCCCGUUGGAAGUGAUUGCUGGCAGCGUUUCUGCAGAGGAACUUGUUACAAGAAUUCAUAAAGUCAAGCAGGUAAGAAAUAGUGACCGACCUGGUUUUUCAGCAUAGUGAAAUAAAUGUUUAAAAGCUCGUUCCUGUUGAAUGGGUUACAGGCGGAAAAGGUCACUGUGUCAGUAUGCCUAUAGAAUUGUGAAUUCUAUAUGUUCUUGCUUGAUGAAAGAAUAUUUAAUCAUACUAUAGUUAUGCUAAAUUAAGCCAGUUUUAUGUACCAAGUUGGAAAUGUACUAAUAGAGCAAUAAUGACCUUUUCUAGAAGACAUUUUUCUUGAUGGGCUUAAUCAUUGGGGGGGAAAAACACUCCUGAAAUGUACUUGUUUCUCACCCUUUUUUUAAUGCAGCGAGAAAGGUCAGGUCACAUGUGUUUCCCUUCAUUUGCCCCUUUAAGAUCAGGCUAUGCAGUGGUACCUCCGGUUGUGGGUGGGAUCCGUUCUGGAGCUCUGGUCGGAUCCCAAGGUUUCCGCAACAGGAGUCACCGCUUCUGUGCAUACACAUAGUGUGGUAGAGCGCAUCUGCGCAUGCGCGCGUGGUGAAACACUGGUUUGCCGCUUUUGCAACCCAAAGUUUACGUUACCCGAGGGUAAUGUAAGCCGAGGUGCUACUGUAAUUAGUCUUGAGACAUGGCAUAGAACUAUUGUCCACACCUCCCACUGGCACUUUUAUGAUGAUUAUUUUACUGCAAACUGACAAACUGGUAAUUUGGAUUAAGUUUUCCAUAAGAUUAGGCCAGGUGGUGACCCUAGCUUUUUAUUUAAUCCUAGCUGCCUCUUAAGUGUGUACCAGGGCAUAUGCUAUUCAAGCAUCUUUUUCUAAAUGUUGUAUCUUUCCUUAUCAACCCCUGUGAUAGUAGUUUGCCUUCAGUCUCUGCCUGUGGGAUAAUAUUAUAUACUAAUUUGAUUGUUAUAUUCAAGGCUCCUUGACUUGGUGACUUGUAGUUAAGUGGUCUGGAAUUUUGUUAUAGAACUCUCUUCUCAUUCUACAACUGCUAAAAGAGGGGACAGAGCUGUGCUACACACCAAUUUUCCGGAGAUAUAAAACAACAUCAGAGAAAAACAGUGCAAACAAAACGACUUGUUCUCACAUUAAGAAAUAGUAAUAUAUGACAUAUUUUGCUUCCUUCUCCCUCUCCCUCUGUCAAUAGAAGGGUUAUUGUACUCAUUUCAGGAGAUCUUUAGCUACACACUACUCUUGAAAGUGAAGUCAUCCAUAAAAUAAUAGUUGCUUUUUCUUCCUGCAGUCAAACAGGGCCUUUGACAGCCAUGCAGCCAUGUUUCUGCUCCUUUCACCAUGUAUUAGUAUCAUACAAAGUGCACUCUUAAGCUUACUAUUUGUAGAUUAGGCUACAUGAGCAUCAGUUUUGUACUUUGAAGCCUAGCAGUUGUUUUCACUUUGAUUUAGAAAAUGGCUUAAAAAGCAAAAGUUCUGGAAUUACAGCCUUUUACUGAUAUCUACACUUCUUUCUUCCUUAGAUGCACACGUUAAAAAAUGAAGCAAUGGAAAGUUCUGUGCCGUGUUCCUCAUCUUUAAAUGGCAUCACAGAGGACUCUCAGUCCCAAACAGCUGAGCUUGCUGAAGCACAGCCUGAAAGGCUAAGUGUAUCCUCAGCUGGUAAGUAUGUGUAGCUGCCUACAUUCAAGAUUAGUAUUUACAUAUGGAGUUAAAAUGGUUGAAAAAGUAAAGGAUGGGAAAGACCUCCUUUAAGUGAUUACCAUUUUUGUGUGUGCCUCAUUAUGCUACUACCUUUUAAGUAUUUUUUCAUUCCCCUCCAUAACUGCUGCUCGUCCCUGCCACGCUUUCUCAUCUGCAGUUGUUUCUUCAGGGGUGCAUCAAGAACAGGACAGGGCCAGCCAUGCCUUGCUCAUUCUAACACAAGGAAAGAGUGGUACAGAGACAGGUGAAGUGGAGGUUGUAGUGCUGUCAGGUACGCUACUGGCCUUGCUGAGAAUGAGCAAUUCAGUGCGUUAAUUAGGCAAAGGAUAUCUGAAACUAUGUUAAUUGCUUAACUGUUGUGAAGAACCUGGAUCCAAAGUUGAAGUAUUCAGAAUAUCAACUUUGUGCAGAAGCAGCUGAAGAUGUUCUUUAUCCUAAAUAGUGAGCUAGUUUGGAUCAUUAAUAUUCAUAGAGGCAUGAUAACAAUAUUUUGUAAGAGUUCAUACAGCAAUUGCUUAUGAUGGUAAAAUGUUGAUACUUUUCCCUUUCCCAUCUCCUUCUUUUCACUUACCUGUUAUUUCUAAACUACUUAAGGUGAAGUAAAUUUGGACCAGACAAAUGUGGAAAGUGACGGAAGGGCGGAAUCGCAGACUACAGAUGACCUUACAGCCAAAGUAGAAAGGUAUGUUUUUUGCAGACUUUCUGGUUAUUCUAGAAAGCAGGGCUAGGCAGCCUUGAGCCCUGAGGGCUGCAUGCAGCAGUGGGAAAGCAGUUGAGGAUUGUCUGGCAGUUUUCAUGGUCAGAGCCAGCCACACACAUGCACUCUCAUUCGUUUUUCCAACAUACAAACACACACAGAGAAAAGAUGGGACUGUGUGGCAAGCACAAGACUGCCUGUAAUAACUGUGUCAUCCAUAACUAUCAGACUGCAUCAAUUCAAGAGGAGAUUGCCACCAUUUAUCAUUACUUAUUACUUCUAGAGUCUGACUUAAGGGCCAAAUCAUCAAGCCAAGGCUUAAAAGGCAGAUAGUGUGAGAAGAAGCCAUUUCAAGAGAAUGUGAAAAGCACAGGAGAAGGCAAAAUUACACUGAUCUGCAAAAUUACACUGAUCUGUCAUCUGGAUUGCACUUCUCAACUGUAGUGCAGAGCUACAAUGCAGUUUAAAUUACCCAUCGAAACAGUCCAGAUCUUUUUAAGCGCCUUUUGAAACCUGUUCUUUGGCAGAACGUCUUCUAGGUCUAUGACAGGCUCUCAUGCUUUGUUAUUUGCUGCCAGCCAACCCUUCUCCAGCUUUGCAACAGCACAGAAUGCAGGUGUUGUUUUUUACCCACAGUUUUCUAGUUUAUGCAUCUUCAUGGCAAAGUUCUUACCCCUUUUCUGUCAUACUAAAGUUAAUUCACCAGGCCUGUGUAUUUGGCAGUGCAGGCAAGGAAGUACUUUAUGCAACUGAAAAUUUGAUAAAUGAUAAUACUGAGUUAUUGUUUUUGCUUGUUAUUAUGAUACAUAUUUUUGUGUUUUUAUAUUGUAAACUGCCCUGUUGUUUUUGGAUAAAGGGCAGUAUAGAAAUUUAAUAAAUAUAAAAUUAAUAAUGGUAAUAGAACUGCUGUUGGAAAGCAGAAUUGCUGUAUUAUAAUAUACUGCCUUUCAGUUUUGGGUGGUUUUGUUUUUUGGCAGAGUCAUGUAUAACACUUUGAUGUGCACUUCCCCACACAGAAAUAAGGUUUCACCUUGUGUUUGUAUUCUUCUAAAUUUAGAGUGACAAAAAAACUUGAAGAAAGAAGAGAAGAGAAAAAGAAAGAAGAAGAACAGGUAGAGUGUAACUGAAUUUAUAAUGUUGCAUUUUAUUUUUAUUUUGAAAAACGUAUAAGCUGCUUAAUAAAAUAAAUACUGUACAUAAAAUAAUAUGAGUAUCAAUAAUACAUAUCCCCCCCCAAAAAUAAUAUUUAAUUAUAUGAAUAGGCUUGCUGGAAUAACAAUUAUCAGGUGGCUAAAGCAGCAAUUUCAUUCUCUUUUAAUGUCCGGGAAUUUUCUAUUAAACUAAUUUUCAGGAAAAUUUUAAAUUAGUUGUGUAUUUAUAUGAUAGGUAAAGGUAAAAGGACCCCUGACUAUUAGGUCCAGUCGCGGACUCUGGGGUUGUGUGCUCAUCUCGCUCUAUGGCUGAGGGAGCUGGCGUUUGUCCGCAGACAGCUUCCAGCUCAUGUGGCCAGCAUGACUAAGCCACUUCUGGUGAGCCAGAGCAGCACACAGAAACACUGUUUACCUUCCUGCCAGAGCGGUAGCUAUUUAUCUACUUGCACUUGACGUGCUUUCAAACUGCUAGGUGGGCAGGAGCUGGGACUGAACAAUGGGAGCUCACCCCAUUGUGGGAAUUCGAACCGGCGACCUUCUGACCAGCAAGCCCUAGGCUCUGUGGUUUAGACUAUAGCGCCACCCGCAUCCCUUUAAAAGCAUAGGAAAGGUGUAUUCUCUUUUCACUCAGAAGGAAAUCAAGAAAGAAGUAGAAAGAAGAAAAAGUGGAAAAGAUAUGUUGGAGUACAAAAGGAAACAAGAAGAAGAACUUACAAAGCGAAUACUGGAAGAAAGGAACAGAGAAAAGGCUGAAGACAGAGCUGCUAGGGAGCGCAUCAGACAGCAGAUUCAAAUGGUAAGUCAUCUGUUACAAGGGGGCCUUCAACAAAGUGUUGCAUAGUGGAGUGCUCUCUGUUCAGGAUGUAGGCCACUCUAUUCCUGUCCACCGUCUUCCCCUCUCUCCAGUUUCCUAUCCCCACCCCCCACCGGCCAGUCAGCAUUUCACUCUCACUCAUUUUUCUGAUACUCCUUUGUGUGUUGAAUAUGGAGCAUCACUCAAAUAACUGAAAUCUCUAUUAGUACAGUAUAUAUGAUUUAUUAGGUGAGCUUCUUGGAAAAAAGUAAGUUCUUAGCAAAUUGACCUUCAAUACACCUUAUUUUCCCGUGUAUAACGCCCCCAUGUAUAAGACGACCCCUAUUCUUUGGGACUUCAAAUUAAGGAAACGGGGAGAUUGCUCAGAGUUGUUGAGUUUUUUUGGGUGGGGGGGAUUGCUGACAAUCGCUUAUCUGCCUGGCUGCCGCUGACAAUCGCACACCUUGCCGAAGCCACCAAUCGUUUGUCAGUUCAAACACAAUGGAUAAACAAGGCUUCCAAACUCCUAUUCCCAGUUGCACAGAGGGAGGAGGGAGAGGGCAAAUCUAAGACUCACCUAGGCUCGUUCAUGGCAUGGUAAAGCGUGGUUUAGCAUGAAGAUGGCAUGUGAAGGUUAAGUGUUUAUUGAAUAUAAUAAAUGAGAACAAAUUAUGUCCCUCACCACAUACAAGUUGGUUGGUAGUAAUUUCUUUCCAUGAGACUGCACUGAUUAAAAUAGCCUCGACUGGGCCAUGGUAACAUGUAGUGAAUGUCUUUGUCCUCUUAUGAAGGAUCGUGCUGAAAGAGCAGCUCGUUUUGCAAGGUCCAAGGAAGAAGCAGAAGCUGCAAAAGCUGCUGCUCUCCAAGCUAAGCUGGUUGAAAUGGAAGCCAGGAAGGAAGCAUCACAGAGGGAAAGAAGGUGAAUUCUUUUUCAUGCCUUCAUCCAACUCUUCCCAUUCCCUUCACCUUGUACACACCACCUUCCUCCUUUAUUGUAGCACCAUGCAUUUUUUGCUUUGUUGUCUCACUCCUUUAUCAGCCCAUACAAUCAACCUUCUUGGCCCUCUCUUUGUAAAACGAUAAACCCUCAGCUGAGAGCAUGUUUCUUCUGUAUUCUGUAUAUUCUCUUAGUGUGCUACUGCUGCUAAGGAGAUGUCAAAUAAUAAUUUGAUCUAACUUAAAAAUAAAUGCAGUUGAUGAACUCUUCCUCUCUAAUAUCCCCUGGUAUAUGAGUGAAGCAUUUAAAGGAACUUAAGUGAUGGAAGCUGUUCUUAAAAUUCAUUCUUAAACUGAUAUAUUUUCCCUAGUGCUAUGGCAAGAAUUCAGUUUCGCCUUCCAGAUGGAUCCUCUUUUACCAAUAGUUUCCCUUCGGAUGCCCCGUUGGAAGAAGCCAGACAAUUUGCUGCACAGGUAAAUGAGGAUUUGUUUUAUUUUCAAGUUAUAGAAGAUCAUGUAUGUAUAGUUACCAUAAUCUCUUCAGGAGUUUUGAGAGAAAGAUGGAACGUUUUGAGGAAAAAACAGGUGGCAGCUUUGGCCCUUUGUCUCAAUGCUUGGGAGGGUUUUAAAGAUGCCAGUUAUUGAUCUUGUUAGUGCAUAACAUUGACCAUAAAUGUGGGUCAGCUGCAUUAACACAACUACAAACCACAAGCAGCUAAGUGAUCUGGUCUUCAGUUUAUUUCACACUGUGGUAAGGGCAGUUGAGAAAUGGGGACUCUGUGUGCACCAAUUUGCAUCUUGUACACAAGCUAACUACCCUAAUAUCUGAACAAUUGUAAACUGUUCUGAGAAUAUUUGUUAAACUAAAUGAAAGUUUUACAACCUUAUCAUGUCACUACUCGUUUUGGUCUGGCCACAAAAUAGGAUGCUUCCAGGUGUCCUCAAACUUGCCCUAACUGGCAUACCUCUUGCAUAAUUUUUGGGUCCUGUGUCUUCAGAAGACAAAAAUAGUAGGUGUUGGGCACAGAUACCAUGUGUAAAUUAAGAGUGUUGUUUUCCCCCUUUGAAAUAACUUAUGUUGAGAUGAAGCUCUGCAUUUCAUGGUUAAAGGUCCUUCCCAUUUUUAUUUCUAAAUUUUAAGGGGAAUACAAAGUACUUACCUGAUUUGUUCUACUACAGACAGUUGGCAACACAUAUGGCAAUUUCUCAUUGGCGACAAUGUUCCCCAGGAGGGAAUUUACCAAAGAUGAUUAUGGGAAAAAAUUAGUGGACCUGGAACUUGCCCCAAGUGCUUCCGUAGUAUUGUUGCCGGUAAGUGUGCUUUAUGGAAAAGAUUAUUGAGGUAUUCAAAUUGUGCCAUGAACUGUUUUACAACCAUUCAAUAUUACUUCUUGGAAUAACCUCGUGUAUUUAUGGAGUUUUUUCUAGAGUCCAGUUUUCAGUCCUGUUUGUUUUGUACCUUCAAACAGGCAGGAAGGCCAGCAACAGCAGUUGUCCAGUCUUCCAGUGGAGAUUUUUGGAGAUUCCUGGGUACUAUCCUUUAUCCACUCAUAGCUGUUUGGCGAUUUAUUAGCAACUUCCUGUUUACGAAUCCUCCUCCUUCCCAGCCUACUGCAAGACCUCAUCAGCAGGAUCACUCAAACCCUUCAGCAUCGAACACUGCAGAAUCAAGCAGGUAGGACUGACAAGUGUUCUUAAAUUAUUGUUUUUCACUCCCUCUGGUAGAUGCAAGGGCUUGGGAGAAAGACAGGGUUUUCCCUUGUUUAGGCUGGGAUACAGAGAAACUCUACAUGAAUAACUAGCAUAUCAGUGGCUCAAACUGGCUUCUAUGGACAGGAUACCAUGUUCUAAUCCGAAUCUACUUUUUGAUGGGCGAUUACAAAUAGCAGUGUAGGAGUAAGCAAUAAGAAUACACAAUGUGUUGCAUGCUCCCUGGCCAUCUUCACUUGGUAGGGUUUCUUUCUGAAACAGCAGUUUGGAUUUCCAUGCCAGCUGCUGCCAGAAAGAUAGCUUCUGAAAUGCAUCCAGGAGCAUUUAAGAUUACAUUUUGUGAAUGUGCCAGAUUAAUAUUACCAUGAGCCAGGAAGUGAUGGUCUGGAACUGGCAGCAAACAUGUCAGUGCACUAUAGUCAUUCAUAGGUGACAUUCCCUCUGUUCUUCAGCUGAAUCCACUCUAGGGUGCAUUUUGAAAGAAAUAAAAACUACAUUUUGUACACUGAAAGAGGUAUUAAUGUGAACUGAAUCAAAUUAUCCAGUUACUUCUCCUGUACAAGGCAAUUGUUAGAAGGGUGGAGGGGUGCUAGAAUUGAAUCAGGAGCUGAAUGAAUGGUACCUUCUGACGUCUAGAAAACAUUGCCACUGUAGGGAUUUAAUCUCGAACUGCAUUUCUUUUUUAUUUAGACAAGCAGUCAGGAAACGAGUAUUGGAAAAGCGGGGUGAAGAAUUCAAAAAAGAAGGCAAAAUCUAUAGACUGAGAACUCAGGAUGAUGGAGAAGAUGAUAACAAUACUUGGAAUGGAAAUUCAACCCAACAGAUGUAGUUUUUAUGAGUAAACUGUGCAUAGUAAUCAUUGAUUUCCCCCUUUGAUUUAGUUUAAUCCUUCUGCUGCACAAGUGGGCUUGUAUGAGUAUGCUGCCUGCAUUAUGCCAUAUUCCUGUCAUAGCACAUGGAAUAAGGUGUUAAUUGUGUAGCUGGAUACUGCAACUGUAACUACUGCCAAAAGCUCAAAGAAUGUAAAAAAAUCCCCAUCUUCCAUCAGCUUUCAGAAUUUCAUACUAACUAGCCCUGUUGUCAUCUGAAGGCACUUUUUAAUCUAUAUAAAUCUUGGAACAAAUCGGAAGCCCAGAUUAAAACAAGAGAGUCUGACUAGCAGAAGCAUAAUACCUUGCAAAUUGGAUAACUUAUUUUUUUCCCCUUUAGUGCUUCUGCAACUACAAGACUAUACUGGUAGUUUUUAAUCUCAGAGCAUUCAAAUAAAGGUUUUCAAAAAAAGAAGUCGUCUGUAUCAUCCUUAUUUGGAAGUUCUCUGAUACCAACUUGACACUUUGCAAUAUGUUAUCAACUUGUUCAUUUAUUUUAAAAUUGUCCCCACCCCUUAUUCCCAGGGUGAACUGCACGUAACAAUUCAAGCAAUAAAAAUAUUAACGUCAACAAUAGGUAUUAAAAUCAGUGCUUUUUUUCAGGGAGUAUUCAAGGGUACGCCGUACCAGCACCUCUUCUUGUUGUUUAAAAAGUAUAGCACUUACUGUAACAACUUCAUGCUGAGUACCGGCACCUAUUUUUGCUAGAAAAAAAGCACUGAUUAAAAUAAUUGUGUGCCUGUUCUAAACAUGGGCAGAAGAAAAAACUAUCGCAUGAUAAACUAAUUAAAUGCAAGCUGCAAUAUU